AUGGAAAGAGUUCGGCGAGACGAACGGAAAGCGGCAGAAGAUGAGCAGAGGGUGUUGGAUAGACAGAUUCAGGCUGAAAAUGAGAGGAGAAUAAACCAUUUGAGACAAAAAGCAGAUGAUAGAAUGACAACAAUGUUCGGAACAUCUUCUUCUUCUGGUCCAGCUGCAAAAGAUGUCAGUAUUUCAGAUGAGACAGGACACGUCAAUUUGUUUCAGGAUUUAGAACGAGAAGAACGGAAAAAUCUUGGAACAGGAAACAAGGAAUAUGAAGCAGAAAAAGCGGCGGAGAAGAAAGAAUGGGAAUCGAAAAUGGGAAUUCAGGUGUAUUUCGCAGAUAAUACGAAUGAUCUGAAUAAGAAAAAAGAAUGGUAUGAAGAGAUGCCAUUGAGAAGAAACCCUGAUGGCCUGACGACUUCGAGGAAGUUUGAUGCGCUGCCGUGUAUUUCACGAGGAAAAGAGGAAACCGAGAAAGAGAAAAAGAAGAAAAAGAGAAAAAGGAAGCAUUCGGAUAGUGACAGUGAUUCAGAUGAUGGAGGAAAACGAAAGCACAAAAAGGAUAAAAAGAAAAAGAAGAAAAAAAAGCAUCACCGUGAUAGCUCAGAAGAACGACGUCUCGAAGAGGAAUAUGAUCGUGAACGGAAACAAAAAAUGGCUAAAUUGAGAGAUGAAAGAAUAAAAAGAGAGAGAUUAGAGAAGCAAAGACAGAUGACUAUCACUUACCCUCGGAAAAUUUGGAUAAUUCGACAUGCGGAACGCGAAGAUAACAUCAACCGACAUUGGAAGAAACUGGAUGGUGCCGAUGGUCUUGCAUCUGAUAAUUCAAUGUUGAGUCAACGUGGAAAACAGCAAGCGAAAGAGUGUAAAACUCGAUUCAAAAAUGCUCAAUUUUCUCACAUUUUUGCUUCUCCAUUUGAUAGAACAAUUGAAACAGCUUCUAUAAUUGUAGAGGACCGAGAUAUGAAAGUGAAGGCUGAAGGAGGACUUUGUGAAGCAUUGUACCUGUGUGAGAAGCCUCCGGGAUUCUGGGAAACUGAUAAAUUGGCGAAGAAGUUCCCGUUAGUAGAUGUUGAUUAUAUUCCAGUUUAUUCAAGGUACACUCUUCCAAAAGAAGGAUGCGGAGAUGAUGCCUGCGUGACACGUGUAGGUACAACUCUGCGGAAAAUAUUCGAAAAAUAUGAAGGAAACCUUGUUCUGGUGGGUCACGGUGCCUCAAUUGGUGCUUGUCACGAAGUUCUGAUGGGUGAUUUCAAGUAUGUCGGACAGGCUACCGUAUCCGAAUUCGAGGAAACUGCUCCAGGAAAAUAUCGAUGCAAUUUCAGUUCCGAUUCAUCACAUUUAUCUGACAAAAAGAAUUUGAGACCUUGGUAG